CCUCCUCCGGGGCCAGCGGUCCAGCCCAGUCUUCUGGAUUUCUGGACUUCACUUCCCAGAAUUCUUUUCCGUUGGCCAUGCUUAGUGAGGCUUCUGGGAGUUGAAGUCCAAAACACCUGGAGGGCCAAAGUUUGGGAAUCCCUGCAAGAACUCAGAGCAGAUCAGAACAACGCUACCAUCUGAAUAAACUAGCAGCUGGGAUUUGAAGACAAAAAUAUGAGAUACGUCAGCACUCGAGGUGGUGCUGGAAGUACUGAUUUUGAAGGUGCUCUUUUUUCUGGGUAUGCAAUAGACGGUGGCCUUUUUAUGCCUGAAAGCAUCCCAGUCUUGGAUUUCACCACACUUAAGACCUGGAGUUCCUUCUCCUAUCCAGAACUGGUGAAACAGCUGUGCUCUAUGUUCAUCUCACCUGAACUCAUUCCUAAACCUGAGCUAAAUGACCUGAUUGAUAGGGCAUUCAGCAGGUUCAAACACAAAGAAGUUGUCCAUCUAUCAAGAUUAAAGAAUGGCUUGAAUGUUUUAGAGCUGUGGCAUGGCGCAACAUAUGCUUUUAAGGACCUAUCCUUGUCGUGUACUGGGCAGUUCCUCCAAUAUUUUCUGAAGAAAAGGAAGAAGCAUGUUACAAUCCUAGUGGGAACUUCAGGAGAUACGGGCAGUUCAGCAAUUGAAAGUGUUCGGGGUGAAAAAAAUGUGGACAUAUUUGUUCUGCUGCCCCAUGGUCUCUGCAGCAAAGUCCAAGAACUACAAAUGACAACUGGAGACAACACAUCUCUGGAGACAUCUUAUGAGACCUGCAAACCACUGGCUCUGUAUCCCAAGGUGUCCACUACCACCACCACAUGCCUGUUUUGGAGUUUGGCCGGGGCCAUUCCCUAUGCUAAUUCUACCAAAGGCUCACUUUGCCUGAGGACUGACCCUGCUGAUCUUCCUUAUUUCACUGAUAGAGAGCUUCAGGAUGUCACCACCAGGAUUUCUGUGAUUCAUCGACUCUGUCUGUGUAAGGUGAUUUGUAUUCCAAGAUUCCUAUUCUUUGGUGUAGCUGGAUGCAUUGCACAGAAGAUGGGGCUCCCCAUUGAGCUUGUGGCUGUGGUCAAUGACAAUGAUGUUGUACACAGAGCUAUUCAGCAUGGAGAUUUCUCAAUGUCCAAGACGGUGAAGUCAACACUAGCCUCAGCAAUGGAUAUUCAGGAACCUUACAAUAUGGAGAGGAUCUUUUGGCUGUUCUCUGGCUCAGACAGCAAUUUGGUCAAGAGUCUGAUGGAAGAAUUUUAUAAUACUAAAAGUGUCAAACUCCCAUCAGAGCUGCAAAAGAAGCUCUCUGAAGGUCUGAGAUCUUGCACAGUAUCAGAUGAAGAAAUUCUCCAGACUAUGAGGAAGUGUAAGGAGGAUAACCACUACCUCUUGUGUCCCCACACCGCUACUGCUGUUUGCUACCAUUACAAGCACUCUGAUUGCCAUCCAAGCAUUUUCAGAUGCUGCUUGGCCCCUGCCUCUCCGGUCAAGUUUGAAGAUGCUGUUUGUAAAGCAGGACUCCCCCUGGAGGUCUCACCUGAGAUCAGCAAGCUGAAAGAAAUGGAAACCAGAUCCUGCACCCUGAAGAGGGGUGAAGAUUGGGCAAAAAUAUUGCAGCAUCAAAUAGAAGCAGUUGCAAAGCAACAAAAUUCUGUCUGAAGCUGAAUAUUCAUAAUGAGUAACCUAGAAUCAAUGAAGUGCUUACUCAAUCAAAGCCUCUUACUGGUCACAGUGGAGGUCAUUUUGCUGCUUUUGCUAAAGUUUUUCAGAGUAAGGAGUGGUUGUGACACAGAAUCAAUGGUGUCAACAUUCUGCGGAGCCUUGAGGGAUGAACCAUCCCAUUUUCAUUUCCUCUAGAGGACCCGAAUGUGUCAUUGUAGCUGUCAUUUUGAAUUAAUGGAAAUGACAACAUGUCACCUUUUGGGCCAUGCUGGGGGGGGGGGUGUUCUGGAGUGGAAAGCCCCCUAAAACAGCAUGGAACAACCUUGCAUAGGAUGUUCUGGACAUUUAAAUACUGGGGGCUUGGGGCUAAAAAAGGAACUUUUUUCCCAAUCUGAUUUUUUUUUUUUAGGGCAGCACUUUUAAGGGGUUGUUAAUCCUGAGAAGGUUAGUGAAUGUUGUAUAAUUUAGGAGCUAUACAAACAACCCCUUUCCUAGCCAGAUUGGGGCCAUGGCAACUGCAUGUUGCUGCUCCAAUCUGGCCUUUCCGCAGUACAAAAAGGAGCUGCAAAAAGUGGCUCCUUUUUGCGCCAUGGAAAAGGCACCAUAGCUGCCGACACCAUGGCUUUUUGGCGCUCCUUUUGAUGUGUGUCAUCUAGAUGCGGCGCCAAAGGAGUACCAUGACAUCACCCACCGUGUGGUAUGAUACCGGUGUUAGGGCAGCAUUGAAGUGUGCAUUGUGCACUUUUUGAAAUACUUAAUUCUAAGUAUCUCAGUAGACUACAAACCCCAGGAUUUUGUAGGACUAAAGUGUUGGCAGUUGAAGUGUUAUGAAACUGAUAAACUGUGUUGUGUGUCUAGAUAAGGUGUUAUUCAACCUCCCAUUUGAUUUUCAGACCUCUGUAAGUGAAAUUAGAAAUUGUUGAUUGGGUCAGAAUCACCUAGUAAGCUUCACAGUAGCAGCUGUGCUAAGUUGUG